UCAAAAUGGCAGCGCACACAUGAUAAGAACCAUAACAGAAAUGUUUUUAUUUUGAAAUUUACAAGAUAACCCGUAGCCGUCUACUGUAAUAGACAUGUGCGAUCGAGAGUCAUUCAUUGGGAAGCAUGGCCUCAAUAUCGCAAUCCUCUCGAUCACACCCCUCCUCCAUAAACAGAGAGGGGGAGGAAACUAUUGCUAUGUUGUACAAGAGCUUCAGCAACAAUUUACUUCUGGGACAGUGGGAGUUGGCACGAGCCUGCCUUUCUCAACUUAGCAAGGACUGUCAUCAAAUUGGCGUUAACAUCAAGGAUGUGUUACGCAAAGUAGCUGCAUAUCCAUUUGAUUCAAGUUACGGUUCAGCGUCGCUCAGCAGUCCUCAUGAAUUGUCAUGGUUGUGUCUUCUUGAAUGCCAACAACUGGAAGACUGGAGUGAAGAUAAGAAUGAAUCCCCCAGUUACUUGUCCAAAGAGAUCCAGUUUAGAUUGCUUCUGACCCAAACAUGUCAGGAGGCAGAUUCAGAAGUCAUUAAAGAACUAUAUCUGUGGUUCAAGCACAUCCACUCAACUCCACCAACCUCAUCACAGAGAGCAUCUCCUCUGCCCAAGGGCACUCUGACCCACAUUCAGCAUGUUCUCCUGACCUGGCCAUCACAAGGGUUUGCCCUCAUAACAGCCCUCACACCUCCUCAAACACAUGAGAGACAAGAACAGAAACAACAAAAACAACGGAGUAAUGAAGAACGCAACAGCGAAAACCUGCAAGGUGUUUACCUCGACUGUAUCAACAAACACCUUGACACCCUGUCUAAGUGUUCCAGCAAGGAAAGGACAAAAUGUGAACAGAUUUUUGUCCAGGUAUACACCCUGCUGUCGUUUUACAACCCGGUACCGUUUUGGAACUACUCUCAGCUGCAGCAGUUGUUCACACGGUUGCUGCAGCUGUCUCAUCAACAUGACUGCAGCAUCAGGAAGGACAAGAUACUCUCUGUGUUGCUGGGCAGGGAUUGCCCAUAUCUGGUGGAGACAUUUUGUAAGUUAGACCAUGAACUGAGUCUGGCAUCAAAAGUCAAGCAUGGUGGAACUGAUCGUCUGACUGAUAGUGAGAAGGAUGUGAUUCACUUGUUUCGAGGUCUCGACAGUGAAGAGUGUUGGAGGAACCUCUUUUUGCUUUCCACUCAGAGACAGAGGCAUUUCCUGCAGAUGGUGUUGGAAACCUCCCUUAGCUUGAUACGAUGUGGACAAUUUGAAGAGCUUAAGGACUUACUGAGACCGACAGAGUUACACCCCCUUAAGCCAGUCGUCUUGCUGCUCGGCUGGUCACUGUGUACAACUUCAACAGUUGCCAGGAAACUGUUGGAUGUUCUUUGGGAUGAAAAGACGCCGUGUCGGCAUCCUGCCCUGGCUGCUGGCUGCCGCAAGUUGGCAUACCAGAUUGACCUCAUUCAGUGGUGCCUUGAUAGAACCAAACCCCUGCUGGAGUCGAGCGGUGUUGGUGUAACAAACCAGGAGCGAGCCACACAUCUCCUGCAGGGCCUGGAGGCCCACUCAGUGUUGUUUGUCCUGCACCAGUCCACAACGCUUGCCUCCCUUGACCAGCAGGAGGUGCUCCAGCUGCUCCAGAACACGGCCAGGAGGCAGGACCCAGAGUCCAAUAAGAAGCAGAAGAGUGUACGUUUCAACAUUGCUGGACAUGACCAGAAUGGUGAGAGUGAAGCAGACGACGGACCAGAUAUCAGUAUUGAGCAGCAGCGAGAUCUCUCCAUUUAUCGCAGCUUUUGUGCUAUCAGGAACAUCAUGGAUGCCAUCGCCUUCUGUUCUGACAACGCAGAUCUUGAAUUAAUGAACCCUAUCUGUGUGAGGAAAGCCCCUCGGCCGCGGAGUCUCUCGAAAUCCUUCACAUGCGAAGUGAGUGUCAGCAGCAGUGAGGGAGAAGACAGCAGCAGCCAGUACCCUCAAAACAUCAGCAGGUCUGUCUCGGCCAACUUCACCAGGUCUACCUCGGAAAACAUCAGUCAGGUGAUUGAUAAGGACAGCUUUCAGGAUCUGUAUGAUCAGUGUGUGACUCAGAAACUGAUGGACACCCAGAACCACCUGAAGAAACUACACCCGUUAACAUACAGGGUUGAAGUGCUGGAGGAUAUAUUUUCUUUACUGUUUGCCACACAUCGGGAUGUCCAGGAAUGUUCCAACACAGCCGAUUUUGAUAGUGAUGAAGGAGGCGAGGAUGGGAGCAAGAGGAACAGCCAGGAGAAUAUGUCCCUCAACACUUCACUCAUUUCAGAGGAGGAUACGUCACCACUGGCCCUGAAGACGGAUUUUUACUCAAGCCAGCCACCGCCACUAAGUAGUCAAAGUGUCCCUGCACGUGGGUCAGGUUAUGAUGAACCAUUCCGGGAAGAUCCCCCUGUACAAGUAUCUCAGUCUGUCCACAAGAAAGUCCGAGUUCCUCAGGAUCAGUUGGUUGAGGAGGUGAAGAAGUCAGCAUCUGCUCUACUCAACUCAGACAACACCAAGAUGACGAUCAACUCCACUGGGAAAAGAGUUCCUGUGGCUGGACAGGAAAUAGAUAAAUGUGAGGUUUUCAAGCUAGGAUUUCUAGCAAAUGAAUAUCUUGUACGGGACCUUCUUGCAAUGCUGAAGGAGUCCCUUCUUAAUAUCAAUGCUGUCAGAUAUAAACUGACUGGACAGAAGUCAGAUUUAGGUAAAAAGUCGGAGCAGAAGGGAAACUCAGAUACACUGCAUGUUACUCCUGCCAUGGAGGAGGCUCUUACACAGAUUGUCAAGUCGAGUGUUGUUCCAGAAACAUUACAGAAGAGGCUGACCAGACUCACCCAGUAUAUACAUGAGGCGCAGUGGCGUUUCCAGCUGGUGUCACAUGACCAGUUGCCCAAGCAACCAGGUCAGGUUCUUCAGAGGCCGGUGUUUGUUCCUGGAGAUGAUAACUUUGAUGUAUGCAGGUCAGAUGGAUGGAGAAAGGGAAGAUCCAGAAGUCCAAAUAAGGACAAGAGAUCAGCAUCACCGACGUUGAACAGAGAGAAUGAGAUGCAGGGUAGCCCAGGUGAUGUUGAAGUUCGACAUAGGCGAUCGUCUGGUGUGUCUAGGGCAAGCUUUGGCACUCAGAGCAGGCUAGUGCAAGCAGGUCUGGAGAUAAUUCCACUGAUGCUGUCAACACCAGACACCCUGCUGACUAUGAGCUUAUCAAAGGGAAACUUUGCACAGGCAGCCCAAGUUAUCAAGUUGUUUAAGCUUGAGAAGUCAGAAGCAGCAGAAGAGGUGUCAUUUUCUGAGGCGUAUCACAAAGCUGCAAACAAAGUGGCAACCCUAGAAAGUUCAACAAGGGAGAGAACUGGUGCUUCAUCUAACCUAGGCAGACCUAGCAUGAAGGCCUUGGCUAAAGUAGCAGCUGCAGGAGUUGCUUCAGCCUCGCUCUCAAAUGUGACAGAUGAGCUGUUGUCUGGCCAGAUUAUCCCCAGCUUGCCAAAGCCAAAGACCACCUCAAACAUGCCUGAGAACAUUAUGAGAUUAUUCAAGGAAAUUGAUGUCAGUACUGCAAUACUUUUAGACCUUGUGUGUACCUCAUGUAGGACAUGGGACUUGUGUAAUAAACUCUUUGAUAUUAUCAAGACUAAAGUAACCAUUGACAAUGAGAUGAGUGAAGACAUUGGUUGGAGGGACAGUGCUGGUCUGAGUACCUCAAGUAGAAAAUCAAAGAGCGACGGUGGGCUGAAAGGGGCACUAACAUUCCUUAGACAAGUUGAGAAAUUAGUGCAUAGUUUUGCAGAUGAUUCUAAUAUUGGGAAAAUAUUCACAGACGGUGGGCCAAUGACAUCAUCAAAGCCAAGCCUAGAGAGGCAAAUGAGAACUGGAACUUGUCCUCUUGUAUCUGAAAAAGUGAACACUUUUGUUAGUGUUGUUGAGGAUGUUAGAAGGUGGGUUGACAAAAUUAAUAGGGCCUUUGAAAAUGUGAACAGGCGUGAUAGUUUGCAGUUGCCAGAAACCUCGCCUCAGGUGUCUCCCAAGGACUCAUCACCCAAGUUCAAGGACUCAUCACCUAAGGCCAAGGACACUCCAAGGUCAUCUCCAAUACACAUUGCCUACAAGCAGUUUUGUACAGCACUAGAGAGAUGUGCACCGAAAGGUGGCCUGGUGUACCUCCUCAAACGGUAUGGCGUGGAGGCAUCUCAUGACAAGAGUUACCUUCAUAGUCUGUAUGAACAUGUACGGGAACUUGCAAUACUUGUAGCAGAAUGUGACGGCAGAACCAAAGAGACACUGAUCGUGCCACAGAACUACUUUGAGAUGUUGCGGGAAGGACCAGUCACCAUCUUGGGAAGGCUGAUGUUUGCCAAGAGAAUGAUUCCAUCUAGAUUGGAGACUGUGGCCCAAAAGUUGAGCCUCAACCUAACACACAUCAUAGUCCACAGCUGCUGCCCCCGAAUCCCUAGCAAACACCUGCCACCAUUGCUUGCCUUGCAACUGAACCAAGAUUAUGAAGUAUUUGGACCAAGAUUAAUUUACAACUCCAGUCAGCCUCCACCCCAAUCCCCACCGCACCCUGAAGAGAUUGUACGCCAUCUAUUGGACAAGCUUAUCACUUUAAUGAAAGAUACUGCUGCUAAGUCCAAUGCACAGAGUAUAUUUGACACAUCAUGUGCCAAGCUUGCUAUGAAAUCAGAAGAGUACCGAGACUUGUUGGCCUCCACCAGCCAGCUACAGGAGGUCGACCUCUCGCAGCUGCACACCAGGCAGAUGUCAUUGUGCUUCUAUGCCAAUCUCCAGAACCUCAUGACCAUCCAUCUGUUCCUGCAUCAGAUCUGGCAGAGGACUCUCAAUCAGUCUGCCAGUGAUGUGAGUGACGAUACCUCCCACACCAUCAAUGACUUUGUCCUGGCUUCUACAAUAGACAGUAUCGUACAUUUGGAACAGUUCACUUACAGGGUAGGACAGCUUGGAGUUGUCAGUUUGUUUGAGCUGAAGCACGUGAUAUGCCGCAUCGGACUACCUGCACCUGUCAACUGGAGAAAACUCAUUUCACACAAAAGUUUGGAUGUUCAUGAUAGAUGGAUGAAGUUUGCCCCUCCUCUUGAAUCUCGCCUGCUGUAUGUGUUGAGUGAAGGCUGUGUCUCCUCCCCACCAAUACAGGUAUUGAGUCCUGAGUCUAUGGAUUCCCAGCUGGAGUCUGCCAUGAAAGACUACUUGAGUCACACAGUGGAAGUGGAUGUCAACUCUCGAAAGGUGACAAUACCCUCACUGUUAUCAUGGUACAAGCAGGACUUCAGCCAGGGUUCUGAUGAAGACACUGUUGGUAUAGACGGCCUCAUUAACUUCAUUGUAUCCACUCUGGAGGAAACAAAGGGAGAGUAUAUUCAACAGCUGUUGGAUGAUGAGAGCACAGGUGACAUGGGACCAGGGGAUCAACCAUUUAUCCUCACAGUCAGUGAUUAUGUCUUUGAGUUUUCCUUUGUAUUUGAGAUGUCCCUUCUGCCAAAGGACUCUGUGCACUCCACGCCUCACGGUUCUCUGUCCCCACCCCGGGGGCUGGAUUCCUCCUUGGACAGCUUGCUGGAGCAGAGUGAUCGCAGCUUCGUGGUGGAGACACCCUCGUACCAGCUCACCCCCAUUACUCUGGACUAUGUGAAAACGGACUCGGUGUUGGUGGCAACCAUGGUCAGUUUGGUGUGUGCUGAUGAACUGGACGACCUUGAGUAUCAGUUGCAGGACGACAACUUUGAGUCCAGCAGUGUAAAGAGUCGCACGACGAGCAUGUCCGACAUCAGUCUGGUCGACAUCCGCAGUUACCGUUACCAGCGACUGAUGGACGAUUACCCCAUCCUACAGCGCCACCUGCUCAACUAUAUCAUUCCUCUAGCAGCGGCAGAUAACCCAGAUAUUCUGUCCAGUAGUGACCGGGUGUUGAAGUUCGUGACCAAUGAGAUUGAUGACAGUGUCAAGACAUGUAUGUUUAGCCUUCAUGACAGCAUACAGUUUCAGCAGGUUGUCAUGGAUAUCAUCAACAGGCUUCUGGUUGGACGCAAGUGGUCAGCCAUCUUGCUAAUCCUAAAGAGUAUCCCUGAGAUUACCAUGAAGCAGCGCCGUGACUGGCAGAUUCUCCAUGACUUUGUCCUAGGCUGCUGGGCAGAAGAAGAGUCGGAACACAACGCAAACAGCCCUGACAUCGUCAAUAGGCUGAGGCGGUUCUUCUGUCCGGACUCACAUGCUCGCUCUGUGCUGUCGGUGUGCAGUCGCCUCCCGGUGGAUUAUGGUAUAGAUCUUGUGGAGAGUUGCAUGGUUGAGACAGUGAGUGGAGAACUGAAGACGGCUUUGACAAACAAGCUGAAGGAACUAAAAGUAUAUCUUAGGAUGACAGACAGUGUAAAGAACCUGCAGUUCAAGUUGUCAAAGCGGACAGCAGAGUUUGUUCGAGGAGAAGACAUUGAGUCAGCUAGGGAGAAUCAUUCUGCUCUAGAAAAAUUCACUGAUUGGAGGAGAGUGGUCACAUGUUCUGGAACCUCCCCAAAGGAAGUGCUGAGCAUCCUGCUUCAGACUGGUGACUUUGAAAUGAUCCGAGAUUGGAGUAAACUCCAUCCUCUUCCUCAGGAUCUUAAAUUGGAGAUAGAGGAGAAACACCUGAUGUCACUACUUGGCACAGACAAACCAAACACAGCCAAGGCAUUUCAGAUCUUGGAGGAAAUGAGAGAAAGACAGUCAUCGAUUUGUCUGUCCAUCUGCAACAGCCUGCUGAAGAAGCUCACCAGCCAUCUUGACAUCCAGUUCCUCACCAGCUACAUGCUGAACCAGCUGGAGACAGAGCUCUCAGACAGCCAGACAGAAGACCUCAGACUCAGACACAUUGGGGCCAAGGCCUUGUUGUGUUUACCGAGUUCAAUAAGGCACGAGUACUCUCACCUGAUCUCAACACCUCACCUGAUCCUGGAGCAGCUCCUCAUGAACAUGAAAUCGGACCUGGCAGGAAAAGUCUUUCAGAAGAUAAAACAUGAUUACUUCCUUGUGAAGACUGCCUCUCUUCGCUACAGUGUGGACCAGUUCAACCACUUGCUGGAGACGUAUGCCACGAAGGCUGUGGAGGUCAUGGUAGUCCAGUGUGUGGAGUCAGACAAGGAAAGAAGUCAAAGUGCAGGAUCUGGUAGUUCUGGCAGGACGGAUGAGACUGAUGCCUCCCUGACCCCAGGCCAGAGAUUCCUGGGAGAGUCCAUCCGUGUCAGGAGAAGGGGUAUUGAGGGGGCAGUGUCACCGAAGCCACGAGGACAAUCCCCUAUAGCAACAAGCCCCAGCAAACGGUCGGCAUUGCCCCACCCAGCAGCACCCAGCAAGUUUGUGAUGCCUGCUCAUCCUCCAGCCAAAGAAGACUGGGUGCCAGACUCAGCAGCAUCCAAUUGUAUGGUGUGCAAUGAGCGAUUCAGUAUGUUUAACCGACGCCACCACUGUCGUCGAUGUGGCCGGGUGGUCUGUGCUACUUGCUCCACCAAGCGUACAAUCAUUGAUGGUGAAUCUUCCAGGACUUGUGAUGAAUGCUACAAGCAGAGAUUUGGUUACAGUGAUUCCAAGAGCCAGGGAGAGUUCUACAGUCAGCGCAGAGAGAGUGUGAUGGGUCCGGGGGGCUCACUGUAUGGCUCUAGCAGUGGAGGAGUUACCUUCCCUUGCGGGGGCCGGCAGUCAGACUUAGUGGCAGCUGACAGCUGGAUGCUGCGUAAUGAUGAAACGUAUGACCAUGAACUCAGAGAAGAGUUCUAUUAUGAACAGGCGCCGAGUGUCUCGCUCUGCAUCUCCAUCCUGGGUAACCAUAGCCAUCAGAAAGAGUGUGGGCAGCAAAUGCUGAAUAUGUGUGACUAUCUGUCGGAGUUCCUGCAGCCCAUAUCUCCCGGCGUCCCCAACCCUGAAGUAGAUUACAGCCUUAUCAUCAGCAUGAUGCGGCAGCUGCUGUUCCAAGCCAAACUGAAGUUCCUCCACUGUGGAGAGAACCAGGGCGUGGGCUUGUGUGACAUGUACCAGACACGGGUCGACCUGCUCAAGAUACUAGUUGGGGACAACUAUAAAGAUCUGCCAUCUAUCAAGGAACUCACCAAGGUCGACACUGUCAGACGUCUGCGUGACAAGCUUAUAGAAGAUGAGCGUCUGCGUCUGGCUAUGGAGGUGUCCACCAAGUGUGGGCUGGACACGGGCGGGGUGUGGGCUGCGUGGGGCUUGGCCCGUCUGCACACAGGGGACUAUGCUGGGGCCAAGGAGAAGUUCUCCCACACACUCAAGUGUCCAAAUGACAAGAAUCAGCUGACCACUUCAUCACGUCUGCUGAUGGAGAUAGUUGACUACUUGGAAUCAAUGCCCAUCACUGGUACCACAGAGAUCCAGAUGCUUUUGUCCAGUCCUGCUUCCAUGAAGAGUCUCAUCAACCUGCCAUCAGCUAGUCACAGCGAGGAAGGAAGCAUUGAGACAACACAGUUCCAGGAGUGUCUCUUCUACCUCCGCACCUAUGGCACCUUCCUGGAACAUCUGACUUUCCUCCGCCGCAAUGGUUACUGGAUGAAGGCAGCUCAGUUUGUCCUCAAAUAUAGAUGCUCCAGCGAGGUGUUUGUCGAGGCCCUGCUGACUUCGGCCUUGACAUCCGGGGAGCUGGGCAAGUUGCUGGACCAGAUGUUGAUGCUGGAUGCUAGCCUGGAGAAGUGGAAUCCUUACCUCACUGCCACCUGCAAAUAUCUCCUGAAGCACAAGCUCGUCAAUGCCCUCCAUCAAGUCCAGCUCUUCAUGAAGGAUUACAUACGAGCCGCCAUGACCUGCAUCACCCACUUCUACCAACGUAGGGCUCAGAGUUAUGUUGACCUUGCUGGCCGUCUACAGUUCCUGUUCAUGGCCCAGCAGCACAUGCAGGCGUUCCUGGACCCUUCCAAGUGGGACAGUGUCCGCCACCCAAACAGCAGCCCGUCGAUCAGGAAGGGACCAGAUUGGAGUGGACACUCGACUGAAUCGGCUGUCAGGCUUGUCCUCACCCCUGAUGAGGUCACCAAACACAUCCGAACUAUCGCACUUCAAACUGAGGUGACAAAGUUCCUGGAACAGUGCCUGACCAACCAGGAGGGAGAAUCCACAGCUCUUGCCGCCAGCUAUGUAGUGGAGUCCCAGGCUUGCAAUCUACCAACAAUGUUUGGUAACAGUAAAGCUAGAGCUGACCUAGUCAGCAUGAUUCUGUUGAGUGGAAACGACAUCUCAGUCAGCUUUGACCUGGCAAUAAGAAUAAUUCAGGAAUGUCGCCUGACAUCAAGCAGUAUUUUCACCCACACUGCACGUGAGAUGGCCAAGCACAAGCACUAUGCCCUCAUCAAACGCAUGCUGGACUGUGUGGAGCGGUCAGGGAUCGGCAACGAUGACACGCUUGACGAGAUCAUCAGGGCUUCAUUACUUGUCCUGGCAGACAAGGAGAGUGAGGUUAAAGAAGUUGACAAUCUGAUCAAACUCCUGCGCAAGGAUUCUAACAAGAUCAAUGCAUUUAUCCUUUGUGGGAAACUGCGGUCGGCAUACCUGCUGGCAGUGAAGGGGGAGCGAGUGGAAGACGUGCAGCGAAUCGCAGGGGCUGCGCAGCGCUUGAACCAGGGCGCAGUCAGGAACAUCUGCAACAAGUGGCUGCAGCAGAGGAAGUAGUCACAAGGCAGCUCCCUUCGUUACAGUGUGGUACAAGACAUCUCUCUUCGUUACAGUGUGGUACAAGACAUCUCUCAUUGUUACAGUGUGGUACAAGAGAUCUCUUUGUUACAAUGUAGUGCAAGACAUCUCUCAUUGUUACAAUGUAGUACAAGACAUCUCUCAUUGUUACAAUGUAGUACAAGACAUCUCUCAUUGAUACAAUGUAGUACAAGACAUCUCUCAUUGUUACAAUGUAGUACAAGAGAUCUCUUGUUGGUACAGUUGCUACACAAUAAUAGAGUCAUACAGAAGAAGUGAUAUCUCUGGAGGCCCUGGUUUCAGGCCCAAGCUGGACAAUGUGUUGCUUUGUUACUGAUGACCCUACCAUAUGGAUGACUCAUGUCCCAGGCUUCCUUUGUGCUGUGGUUGUCUUUAGUGUAUGUCAGAGUAUACAAACAUUGCACGGAUAUAGGCCCUUCUUCCAACACUAGACAUCUAGUUUCUGCUGGUUGAGGAAAGUUGGCUAUCGUCCGGUUAUGAGUUGAACAUUAAAAGAGAUAGGUAAAGUAUUUUAUAUACUUAUAUAUUUUUUCAUCUGAUAUAUUUGAAAUUCAGUGAAACUUUGUUAACUUAAGUAUUUUUUGUUGUUCAAAGUUAGAGACUUCUUACUAGUAGUGCUAAUAUUUGACACAAACUUUGUGUAUCAAGCAAGAAAAUGAACAAAGUAAGAAUAUAAUGAGGGACCAAAUUGUCUAUUAUGCCAUAAGAUCAUUAAUUAAUGCAAAUUAAUUACUCAGACAUGUUCAACCCCAAGUAAUGUAACUAUACCUUACUGGAUCAGGCCUGUAUAAAAUAAUUAUUAAGUUUCAUCCCCAAAUGCCUCACUACAAAACACACACCUCAUAUGCAAGUAUUUUAUAUGGAGAAAAUUGCUAUGUUUGAAGUUUUGUUUCUGUACUUAAUGAAAUACUCCACCACAUCGUCCUACCCAACAUUGCUGCUUCAUGUGACUUUUCAGUCACUGUUAACGUAUAGAGAUGCCUUGUGCAGUUUCUAGAAAGUAAAACAUGAAAUACUUCCGGCUUCGCAAUGUUAUAAGAUUUGAAUGAAUAUCUAAUAACUAUGUCAUUGUGGCCCUGUGACUGUUCCAUGAAGUGGCUGAAAUUAAGUGUAUAAGGAAGAGCAUCAUACAGUUGCAGCCUGUGACUUAUCCGACUUAUCGACAUACAUGUAUGUUGUCGACAACAGGAAGUUACAUUGUCUUAUCGGAGAUCAAGCUAAUGCUCGCUUGUCGACAUAUUAGACUUGAGCAGGAUUACACAGGGAUAAAUAAUGAAGUAUGUUGUCACCAACAGAAAGUUACAUUGUCUUAUGGGACAUCAAGCUAAUGCAGUUAGCAAGGUUUCACUUCACUUUCACAAUGCCUAAUCACAUUCAUGAAUAUUUAAAAUAUUUGCUGUACAUUUGUGUGAUUUUUAUGUGCAAAGGCUUUCAUAAAACACCCAAUUCUGAGGUAAAAUAUGUAUGUUGCCUGUAAUCUGUUUGUACAAACAAAUUGAAGAUGUAUGUAAAUAUCUAAUUUUAUUGUAUAGAAAUUACUAUCAUGUGAAAGGGUAACUAAAUGUUUCCUUGUGUUUAAGCUG